ACAUAGAUAUAUUUUUAACAGCUCCGAAUCAUCAGCAGAAGUCGCUUACUUUGCCGCUAGUGGGCAGCGGUGGCAGAGCUGCCGAACCCGAGAUGCGGUUCCCCUGCACCCUGUUCUCGCCCAAGAGCGAGGAGACCCUGGACGACGCCUCCAGCUCGAACCGCGUGGGCCACUCGGUGUUCUACGACUGCAUAGACGCCAGUCCCGCCUGCGUGGAGGAGAAGCAGGAUGCCAUGAAGCCGGAGAAGGGCGACACCACCGACGAGGAGGUUUCCGAGAUCGAUCAGGGCUGCACCAUAUUCUCCGGAGUCACCUAUUUAGGAGCCGCCAACAUCAAUGCGCCCAAAUCGGAGACAGAGGUCUAUCGCAUAAUGGGCGAAUUGAACAGCGGCUCCAAGUCGGUGGGCCUCAAGAUCACCGUGAGCAUUCCCAACUGCUCCGAUGGCCUGGUGGUCCUCCACGAUGCGGAGAGCAAUACGAUCAUAGCCACCUACGAGAUAUCCAGCAUAAUCCUUUACUAUCGCGGACCAGUCGACACGGUGGAGAACGGCUGCUUCGCCUUCACUUGGCUGCACGGCGAUGCGUUGUUCCAGUGCCAUGUAUUUCGGUGCCAUAUUCCCGAGGCGGUCAACCAAGUCAGCGCCUGCUUCCAGAAGGCAUUCCAAACGUAUCCGCCCAGCAUGAGUUGCAGCCUCAAUUCGGCCGUCGAGAUGGUUAACUCGGUGACCUCGGAUGUGAGCGGCAAUCCCUUGAAUACGGCCGGCUAUGAGUUCAUAGUCUCGCUGGAGAUUCGCGAGCGGGUGGCCAAGAAUUCGUAUGCCGCUGUUCCGCGGGACAGGGGAUGCUUCAAGCUGAGGGCGAACACAGAUAAGGAGGUGUGCAUCACAGUCAAGCAGACGCCCUCGAAUAUUCUUCAACCGCUGCAUAUCGAACGAUGUUUUGGGGUUUUGGUGGCCCCUGGCAAACUGGUGGUCCAAAAGGAUAUGCAUCUGAUCGACAUGCACAGCAUGGGCUACCUGCCGCCAGGAGGAACGGCCGCCGUAACCAGUGAAUCAUCAUCAGAGAGCAGCGCCCAGCAAAACUCCGCCUUGCCCUACACCAUUCGGGCCGAGUGGAAGGCCCAGGAGAAGGCCUUCGAGCAGCUGAACCUGGAAUCCACCAAGACCAAUCUCACCGUGGCCGUGGACAUUGUGAUGCGACGCAUCCAGGAACCAGUGCGAUUUGUCAUCGAGACGCCGGUGACCAUUCAGUCGGCCAGUGAAAUGCGCAUCAUGGACCACUUCAUGUCGAAGCGACCGAUGACGCUGCGGUUCUAUUUGCACCUCAAGCGCACCGACGAGUCCAACUGGAAGGUGAACAGCAUUGAUCCCUCCGAGGAGAUCACGGAGCAGCCGGGCCACCAGCAGAGCUCCUCCUCCUCGCUGCUCAAGAUGGGCAUGAAUAAUCUAUCGCGCAUUGUGCGCAGUUCGUCCAUAGCCUCUAUUGAGGAUGAUUGCCCCUCAGAUUACAGCAGCGAUGGGGAUGAGCCGCUGCUCAGUGGCACCGGGGAGGUGUCCAAGGAUUGCUCGCAGGACACGCUGGACGAGUGGGAUCCCAUUCUGCGGGAGUGGGACGGCGAGAAGAGGCCCAAGAACCUGGCGCCCCUGGUUCGCCUUGGAGUUCCCGAGGCGCUGCGUGAGAAGAUCUGGCAGAAGUUGGCCAAUGUUGAGGGCCGGCUGGAGAUGAACGACAUGUACAAGAUCCUAAUCACCAAAGAAACCAAAUGUGAGACCGUCAUUCAGCGGGACAUUCAUCGCACUUUCCCGGCGCACAAAUGCUUCAAGGAGACCGGCGGCUCUGGUCAGGAUGCUCUUUUCAAGGUGUCCAAGGCGUAUGCGGUGCACGACAGCGAGGUCGGCUAUUGCCAGGGUCUGAGUUUCAUUGCGGCCAGUCUGCUGCUCCAUAUGCCCGAAGAGGAUGCUUUCUGCGUUCUGGUGGCCCUCAUGUACGACUACGGGCUCCGCGAUCUCUACAAGGCUGGCUUCGAAGUCCUCUACCUGCGUCUCUACCAGCUGGAGCGUUUGAUCAAGGACCAGCUGCCCAAGCUGCACGAGCACUUCACGGCUUGCGGCAUUGAGACGCACAUGUACGCCUCCCAGUGGUUCCUCACCUUGUACACAGCUCGAUUUCCCUUGUGCUUUGUGUUCCACGUGCUGGAUGUUUUCCUGCUGGACGGACUGCCUGUGCUCUUCCAGGUGGCCGUGACCCUGCUGUCAAUCUGCGAAUCCGAUUUGCGUCAGCUCGAUUUCGAGGGCAUUCUCAAGUAUUUCCGGGUAACGCUGCCCAAGAAGUGCCGCAGCUCCAGCCAGGCACGCAAGGUGAUGAAGCAGGCCUGCGAGCGCAAGAUCAAGAAGCUGAAGCAGUACGAGGAGGAGUUCCUGCUGAAGAAACAGCACAAGGAGCGGCUGGAGAAGGAGGCGCAGAUCUAUGAGAACCGCUUCGGCGAGGAGAGGCGAAAGAUGCAGGCGGAUAUUGAUGCGCUGAACAAGCAGCUCGCCUCCGCCAAGGAGCGUGCUGUGGAGAAGGAGCGCAAGCACACGGGAAUAAUACAGGAAUACAAACAGAUCAUCCAGCGGCAGGAGCAGGACAUGAAUACGCUUAGCGAGACGCUGGGCAAAGUGAUGCACAUGGUGUCCAACUGCCAGGACUGCCAGCAGCAGAUCGAUGCCGGCAACGACAAUGCCACGUCAGCUGGCGGCAGCAACAGGCGACAAACAAGUGCCAUGCGGAAUGCCAAUGAACAUCCACUGGGGCCACUUGAUCCUUUGAAUGCCGCCGCCCAGCGCAUCCGCGAAUUAGAAUUGGAGCUAGCUCAGGCCAAACUGGCCCAGGUGGAGGCGGAGUGCAAGAACCAGGACCUCAACCAUCAACUCAGCAAUACGCUGAGUGAACUGCAGACGAACAGGAAUAGCUGGCAGCCCUGGCUAUCGAAGACCUUCAACUCGCUGCAGGAGAAGGUCACCACUCGUGGUAACCAGCGGGAUAAUGGCAGUGGCGGACCGACGCCCACAUUCCAAUCCUACAUGGGCCAGGCGCCCACGACCCUCAGCGAGGCGAGCUCGCCCAGCGGCAACCAGGUAACCUAGGGACCAGUGAACCGGCCAAUUAUCUGAAAUCCUUUCGGUUUAUUAUCUUAAGUUUUUUGUAUGUAUAAUUUCUAUAACUAAGAUAUGGGUAAUCAGCCCGAGAAAUACUUUAAGGCUCUCUCUGUCUGCGAAUACCCAAGCAUUACUUAUCAUUGUAUAAUUUAAACACUCGCUUACCAUGACACAUUUGUAUGAAGAAUCUUUAUUUAGUUGAUUUUACACAGGCAUUGAACCCACCUGUUAGCUCCCUGAAUUCGGUUUGCUUUUGAUUUUAUUGAUAUUUUGCGUUGCAAAUAAAACCCCAAGUACCUAUAUGAUAUGUAUAUUAAA